UCUAAAUAGAAUGUAUUGUAAUCUUUGCUCAGUCCAACGUGGUCCCUUCACCCGGGCUCCGCUCUUGUCUUCUCCACACUUGUUUGAUUUAUGAAGAAUCCAAGAUGAAUUUGGAGCAGGAGAGGCCAUUUGUCUGCAGUGCCCCGGGCUGCUCCCAGCGCUUCCCAACAGAGGACCAUCUGAUGAUUCAUAGGCACAAGCAUGAGAUGACUUUGAAGUUUCCCUCAAUAAAAACAGACAAUCUGUUAUCAGAUCAGACUCCGACCCCAACAAGGUUCCUGAAGAACUGCGAGGAAGUGGGGCUCUUCAGCGAGCUGGACUGCUCCCUCGAGCAUGAGUUCCGGAAGGCCCAGGAGGAGGAGAGCAGCAAGCGGAAUAUCUCGAUGCAUAACACAGUUGGUGGGGCCAUGGCGGGGCCCGGAGCUCACCAGCUCGGCAGCACCCGGAUGCCCAACCAUGACACCAGCGUUGUGAUUCAGCAAGCCAUGCCGUCACCCCAGUCCAGCUCUGUCAUCACGCAGGCGCCUUCCACCAACCGCCAGAUCGGGCCUGUCCCAGGCUCUCUAUCUUCUCUGCUACAUCUCCACAACAGACAGAGACAGCCCAUGCCAGCCUCCAUGCCCGGGACCCUGCCCAACCCUACAAUGCCAGGAUCUUCCGCCGUCUUGAUGCCAAUGGAGAGACAAAUGUCAGUGAACUCCAACCUCCUGGGAAUGCAAGGUCCAAAUCUCAGCAACCCCUGUGCUUCUCCCCAAGUCCAGCCAAUGCAUUCAGAAGCCAAAAUGAGGUUGAAGGCCGCACUGACUCACCAUCCUGCUGCCAUGGCAAAUGGGAAUAUGAACACCAUGGGACACAUGAUGGAAAUGAUGGGCUCCCGGCAGGACCAGACGCCGCACCAUCACAUGCACUCCCACCCGCAUCAGCACCAGACACUGCCGGCCCAUCACCCCUACCCGCACCAGCACCAGCACCCAGCACACCAUCCUCAUCCUCAACCCCAUCACCAGCAGAACCACCCACACCAUCACUCCCACUCCCACCUCCAUGCACACCCGGCACAUCACCAGACCUCGCCACACCCACCCCUGCACUCCGGCAACCAAGCACAGCAGGUUUCACCAGCGACGCAACAGAUGCAGCCAACCCAGACGAUACAGCCGCCCCAGCCCACAGGGGGGCGCCGGCGAAGGGUGGUGGACGAGGAUCCUGAUGAGAGGAGGCGGAAAUUUCUGGAACGAAACCGAGCAGCCGCCACCCGCUGCAGACAGAAGAGGAAGGUCUGGGUGAUGUCACUGGAAAAGAAAGCUGAAGAACUCACCCAGACAAACAUGCAACUUCAGAAUGAAGUGUCUAUGUUGAAGAACGAGGUGGCACAGCUGAAACAGUUGUUGUUAACACAUAAAGACUGCCCAAUAACAGCCAUGCAGAAAGAAUCGCAAGGAUAUCUAAGUCCAGAGAGUAGCCCAGCGGCGAGCCCGGUCCCCGCUUGCUCUCAGCAGCAGGUCAUCCAGCAUAACACCAUCACCACUUCCUCGGCAGUCAGUGAGGUCGUAGGAAGCUCCACCCUCAGCCAGCUCACCACUCACAGAACAGACCUGAAUCCAAUUCUUUAAAAAUCAAGGGUCAGACCCUGCCUCCAAGAAGAGCUGCCGCAUACCAUACGUCCUUUCUUUUAAGGGCAUUUUUUUAGAAUUAACUCAGACCUGGAAGACUCCUCAGUUCUUCAAAGACUGGCUUUCAUUUGUAUCGUUAUUAUGGAAAUGUUGUCUUUUAUACUUAGUUAUAUAAGGAAAAAGGGAGUUAUGCAAUUAAUAUCUAUCAGCUUGGGAAGUGCUUUGGUGCUUUUCUCCAAUUUUCUGGUACCAGUUCCUGUUUUUAAACUGAACUCUUUCUGUAUAUAGUCAUGGUUUCAUUCUUAUCAACCCUUUGCCUAAGACAUUGAAUCUUAUUAAACUGUGGCUUUUAGCCAAAAGGAGGCAUACCUAGAUGUCAACAGAUGCAAGGUAACUGGGGUGAGAAGUCUGAUGACAUCAAAACACAUAUUGAGCUUGUGCUGUGAUGUCAUCAGAAUCCCAGAUAAACACAGAGCCUUUUCCGCAACUUUUUUCUCUUACUAUGAAAAAUUAUAUCCAUUAAUAUCCAAAUACGAACACCGAGCAUCUCACCACCUCUCCUGCAUCGGUUCGCUUCCUUGAAUGCCCAGUUUUCCUCUCCAUUUCCACCCUUUCCUGGGCUCCCUGUUUACUCUUAUUUUUACUUUCUUCUGUUUUAUUUUUUUCCCCUUUCGCGUUGCAUGUAAAGAAGGAAAUAAUGUUUAAAGAAGAAAAAAAGUCAAACCUCAGAAAUGUGGACCUAGCCAUUCCUCCUUUCGCCCUUGACCCACAGCUGGAGUUCAUUCAAUUCUUGCUUUUUUACUAAAUAGUAACCAGGAGAUGUUUAAUGUGCCUGAUUUAAUGUUUUUUUUAUACUCAGAGCAAAUGAAAGGUGGCUGAGCUAUAGGUAAAGCACUGUUGAAGUCCAGCUGUGGAGACACAAGAGUAGGGAGCUUUGUAAGCCUCGAUCCUGAAAGUCCAAAUCGUGAUGCGAGGCUAUAACAUCACACCCUCGAAUUACAACUGGUUUUAUAUGGCCUGUCUAUAAUGUCGAAAAUCCAUGUACUAUAUAAUAAUUCAGAAGGGCUCUAUUCACUACACAAAUUACAUUGUUCGAUCAUCAGCUGCUAAUAGCCUAAGAUUUAUCGUUAUUAUUAUUUUUUUCUUAAGCCUAUGGAACCAGCUUUGCUGUUCUGGUGGGUGAAAGUAGAUGAACUACUGGAGGAACAAGGACAGAAAGGAACCCUAAUGUUCCCUCGGGGUGCCUUCAGCCCUCCCACUGCAGCUAGAGGACUCUGUGGCCGCUGAAAGGAGCCCCUGAAUAUGGCUACUCCACUCUUCUGAAUAAUUCUGAUUUACAUUUUCAACGACUUUUGUGGACUUACCCAAUAUAAAAAGCAGAUAGUUCAGAAACACAGUUGUGCCUCCUUGAAACAAGCCAUUCUACUGUGCUAAUGUUUUAAUAUCACAUCUCACAAAUAACAGGGGCUAAUGUUUCUCUCUAGCAGUGUAGACAGGUGCUGGUGUUUCAUCUCCAUUUGAAUGCUUGACCUCCUAACAUGAGAGAGAGUGUGUGUGUGUGUGUGUGUGUGUGUGUGUGUGUGUGUGUGUGUGAAUGGGAUUUAAAAGAAUAGUAUUUUACAAAAGGUGUAGCUUUUAUAAGAGUUCAGAAAAGGGAAGGUUGUGGGGUUUUUUUUCUCACUGUAGUGUAAGAAUCUAUUUUGGAGAAAAAAAAUAUGAGGGUCGUGAAGCAUGAUUUUUAUAACUAGUUUCAGUUUUAUCUAUUAACUUACAUUUUAAAUCAAUAUUUAUCAACAAUCUUUUCAAGUAUGCAGUGCUUUCAAAAGAAAGUUUUGAGUAUCUAGUGAAACUCAUGACUUGGAUAUAUGGCCUAAAAGUUAAAUGUAAAAGCAAAAAAAAAAAAAAAGAAAAAGAAAUAAAGCAGAAAAAAAUGCAAACGAAAGGAUUUUCUAUUAUAUUUUAGACAAACAUAUCAUUUUUAAGUAUUUUAAAUACCGAAUUCAUAGUUGUUUUGUUUUGAAUCCCAGCAGUAACAGCUGAAUGGUUCAACCUAACUGGCUUCCUAAGAAAUGUUUAAGAUUUAGCUAAAAAAGAGAAAUUAACAUUCUUAUCUCUAUUUUGAAAUGAAAAAUAAUUUUUUCACAACUCCUGCCUAGAACUAUAUGUCCCCUAAAAAGGAAAAAAAAAAAAAAACCUCAUUGAAAUGUUUGUUCGUUUGGAUUUUUUCAAUUUUUAUAUUUUGCUUUAAGUAAACAAAAAAUGUUUCUUUCUUUACUGCAUGCAUAGCACUUAAUGAAAUGGAUUUUUUGAAAAUCCACUGGUAAUACCAGAAUGUCCAGGGAGUGGGUCGUCACUAAAAUUAUGGUUUACUUUACUGCUGUUCCACCUCUCGAUUGAAAUAUUUAGUUGUUAAACCAAAAGCCUGUGCAGUUAAGAACUUGCCUGAGUUUUCCUAAUUCAGCAACUUGACAGUUUGACUGAUGUGCAUUAUAUAUAGCUCAAUUAUGUCUGUUUUUCAUGCUAAGUAGGCAAACCAACCACACACGUUAGCAAACGGGCCUCAACAUAUAAUUAGAAUAAACUGUCUUCUUGUUAUACUCAGGGCCUUUAGGUAUAUUCAUUAGCAGUGUGGAAAUACAGUAAACGGAAGAUGCCAGCUGGUUAUCAGAGCUUCUUGAAAUCCCAAACAGAAAGGUUUAUUGGUCAGAUCCAAUACUCAGCUUAAGCAUUUCCCUUGAAGUUUCAGCCUCCUCCAGACCAUGGAAUAAUCAGCCUUCCUUGUUUUAGGUAUACCAAGUUCCACAAAGGCCCUACCUGUUUCUACCUACCAGGUGAAUCUUCACCUAAAUUGAAGCAUCCACAUCUUAAUUGUUUCUCCUUAAGACAUUUCUCAACAUAGGCCGGGACAGGUAUAGUGGAAAUUCUAGCUGUGGAUGAAUACUCGUUUUAAAGCCAGGCGUGAGGCCGGAUGUCUUUCCUUCACACUGCCACUCAUCCCUCUCCUACCUCCGCAUCAAUGUAGGCGAGUCGCAGUCCUAUCACAGCCUGUGGGAGACGAGCAGUGGGUGCUGUCACUACGCGCGUUGUUAUAACGAGGAUGACUUACUCAGAGCAAAUGCUCCUUGGAGCCCAUCUGGUCAAUGAAAUCAGAUGCAGCGCGUGUUCUGAACAGAGGGGCGUCAGGGGUGAAUGUCAGGUAGUUGUUGCCUGUUAGUUAAGUCCGUUUUAGUAUGUUAGUUGAGUUCGUCAUUAAAAUCUUGAUAAAAGACCAGAUUUUGGCUGGGUGGGGGUAGGGGGAGUUAAGCAUCAGUAACUGCUAUAAAACUAGCCAUUCAGUUAGAGCAGUUAAUAGACACCAUCUAAGGAAAUAUAUGUAUGUAUGUGUGUAUACAGUGGAAUUCAAGGACCAAAGCAAAACUGAACAGGAAUCUAUUAAUUUAGAAUUUUAUAAGAUAUUUAUUAAUAAAUGUUAUUUUUAAACAUUCCAUUUGAACAGUAUUCUUCUGUAGGAUCGACUUGUUUUUAAAGUAUUAGUUCAUAAUAAACUACUCUAGUUGUGUGUAUCUUCAUUUUUCAGGGUUUCAGAUGGCUGUUCUCCAUCAUUUGAUGGAAAUGUUUGCUUAGAUCUCUGUGCAUAGAAAUUCCAAGGAUUUUAAUGCUCUGUGAGUUAUUUUUUAAUUUGUGUUCUUAACAGUUUUUUAAAAACAUGGAUUUCUUUUUUCGUGUUUAAAAGUAAGCUCUUUCCUUUAGGAAGCAGAGUUCAGCUAAAGGGAAUCGGUAACUAUAACUGGAACAGCUUUCUUGUAAAAGUGUAAAAACAACUUCAUCUCUGCUUCUCUCCACUCCACCCCAGUUUCCUAGAAUGCCUUGCACUAUUCAGCUUCCUUAGUGCGCUUUUUGUCCCUUCUCAAACAAUGUGCAGUAGCUUUAAGCCAUUCAAGCUCCAUUAUGCAGUAUAUCUGAGAAGGAAAAGGAAAUAACCCAUUUAAAUUUGAAUAAAACUGUGCCUAUGCGAACAGUAGCAAUUUAGAACCUCUCUUCUGCUUAAAAUAAUUUAUAUUUUAAAAUUGCACUUUAGCUUUUUUGAACCCUUUCUCUUAUUCUCUUUCCAACCUCCUCCCUGUCCUCAAACUUGCCUUCGCUCUUCCAUCUCCAACACCCCCACCCUUCCUCCAAGGCUCUGAGCUGCAUCAUUUAAAAUACUUUACGGAAUAUUUGCACCAGAUACAUUUUCGCGCGUUCAUUAGUAGCAUAGCAAAGACGUGAUUCUCACAUCAGCCUGGAUGAAGCCUGCUACGAGAAUGCCAAGAAGAGCCAGUUCAUACUCUUUAUCCCUUUAUUCAUAGCAUGUUUUUUGAAAAUGUUAUAUUAUGCAACAGAUGCGAGGCAGCAGCUAAGCUACACUUAAGAAUUUUCUAUCUCAUUCUCCAAACCAAAGUGUCCUGAAUGAGCCAGGAGACUUAUUCUUUUGUGCAUCAUGGUGCACUUUGGACUGUCGUCCUAGCCAUGGUCUCUCUGAGGCUGCUGAAAUAACAGCGGCCCUACCUAUUUCAUUCCUAGAUCUCAAAAAUACAAUGUUGCCUUGUAACGUAAUGAGGGACAGCACCUGUGUUUUACCAUUAUAAUCUAAGAAAGGAUAAGAAGACACUGAAGCAAUAAACUUACAAGUAAAAUCCAAUACUGAAACAAAGAAACAAAAAGGAAAAAAAAAAAAAACACCUUAGCUCAUCGCGUUGUGAAAACGAAAAAGUGUUAUGUCCAUUCAAAAUAUUUUACUAUUUCUCGUGGAGUUUUUCAGUGAUGUAAUGCUUAUAGCCAAAUUGCUUAAAGAGUGUUUAUAUAUUUUUUUCCUUAUAAAUUGUCUAUUUUUAAAAAAAGACUAUUUAACCACAAGUUGGAGAGGGGAGUAAGGCCAAAUUGCCAGCAUUUGCUAAAAGAUUAAUAUUAAGUGGCACUCUGAUACCUUUCCAAGCUUGUCAUCGGAGGGGGAUCAAUAGUUACUAUUAUAUUUAGACCAACUUACAAUAUCUAGCUCAUUAAAAGUCAGGAUUGAGAAAGCUCUCAAGCCAUUUAAGAUUUUCCUACACUGAGUUUCAUAUUAAAUAAUUUUAUAGAUUUUUUUAACAGAAUCAUGUUAGUCUGAAGACUGAGAAUGUGGAACCCGAAUAAAGUAGCUUUAAAAACGUCAUUAAAAUCUUAUGCACAAUAAGCUAACUAGACUCUAGUUUGCUCCUUUAGAAUACCAAUGCUAUAGAGAUAAUGAAAGGUAUCAGCAGUGCUGAAGCAGAGGGGGUUUCAGAGAAAGGACCCUUCCCAACUAGCCAGCCAAUGAAAAAGAAGCCCAACUUACCCUCUUUCCUUCUACCUUCUGCUAAAUCACACCUGCCUCAUACAGAGAGGAGUUCUGCCUUUGAGGUUUGUCUUGGAGAAAAGAUAAGCUUGAAAUGUUCUCCUUGGAGAGGACAUGAGUUUUGGGAUCUUCUGGAAAGUCCAGAAAAAAAAAUGGCUCAAUUCAAACAGACUAUUCCAGGACAACUGGAAUAUAAAUAUUGUCCAAAAAUAGAACUAAAAUGAAAAAGUUUAGCAUUGUACAAAGUAAGUGAUAACUACGGAAGUCCCAAAAAAGGUGCUGUCACUUUAAGUUCUGGACUGGGGGGUUGUUUGUAAUUGUAAACAGCAAAGCAUUUGUGUUUGUCUAUUUGUAAAGCAACCACCUUCCUUACUGGAAGGAGAAAAAAAAUGGGGUACAUACCUGUAAAUAUUUGCUGCAGCAUUUAAUAUGUUUAAUUUUAUGUUAAGCUUUUUGUUGCAUCGUGAAUACAUUAUUGUUACUCGGACAAUGAGUUCAUUAAGACUGUUCGACUAGGUCAGAUUUUUACAUCUCUUUCUAGCAAGAAGAGACAAGAUUUUGUGCAUUUGUACAAAUGUUAAUAAUAUCACUGCAAUUCCAAUAUAAUAAAGCACUCAAAUGCAAAGAA